AUGGAUAACUCGAAUUUGGAUUUCGGGCUUCACAUAGAGACAGCGCGCCUACAAGAGUUCUUGGCUCAACUGCUACGCUCCCAAGAGACUAUACACAAGCGCCAAGAUGAUCUAGCAUCUGCCUUCGAUGAGCUGCUCAAGAAGCUUGCUAGUGAAGAGCAUGGAGUAAAGGAGCAGCAACAAACUCUGCAAAAGCUGCAGAACGCAACUGAAAGGCUGUCAGAAAGACUUGAUGAACUGGAUAAGCUGCGUAUCAGAGAGAAGAUGGAAAGAUAUGACAGCGACCACAAUGAGAUCAAAUCUUUUCAGUCGCAGAUCUCUCUGCUUGACUCAAAAAUAGAGAGCCACGGAGCUGCUGCGAGCAGCCUGCAAGUUAGGGUAAUGGAUGUAGAAAAUAAGCAAAGCAGUCUAGACGAUCAGUUCAAAGAGAUUCUGCCAGAAUUCGGGUCACUUAAGGCCUGUCAGGCGGCUGCUGCCGUUCAAUGCCAAGCAGCAGAGGCGCGGUGCACUGAGCUUCGCAGCUCCUUCCGACGAUGGUUUUACCAAGCUCGAUGGGCCUCUGAGAUUGAGCAUGUGAAAGAGGAAUUUAAAAAGCUAGUACCAGAUGUGCAUGGGCUCCUGGAUGGCACCGUGAACCCUCGGCUGAAGCUACUGGAGGAGGGAGCUGUAGCAGAGGCCCACAAGACCGACUUACUGGUCGAGCGAAAUACAGAACUGUGGAGUUAUCUGCAGUCAACUAUGGAGCGCGCUCUUGCGCUUGAACAUAAAGCUAAAGAAGGCGCAGAGGCUAUGUCAAAAAUGGCCGCCGAACUCGAUAUACACGCAAAUUUCCGUCGGGAUGCUGAGGAGCGUGUGCAAAGCGCAGAAGCCAUGGUAACGCAGCUGUCCGGGCAACUUGCCCUUCUAGCAAGAGAUGACGAUGUCAAGAAUAUGAUGAAGGACGUUUUGCUUAUCUGGACUGCCGUGAAGCAGCUUGAUGCCUCAAAAGCAGAUAGGAAGGAACUGGAAAACCUAGGGCUCGAAGUAACAUCUAAGAACGCGGAUACUGCCUUAGACGAGCGAAUAUCAGCCUUACACUCUGCUAUCAAGGAUAGCAAAGGCAGGCACGAAGAACUGGAGUUCAUGUUUGGACUGGUUGUAAGGUUGGUUGAGGACAUUGCCAAUAUCCAGUUUGGGAGGAUGCAGGUGAUUCACUGA